AUGUGGGUAUUUGGCUACGGAUCGAUCGUCUGGAAGACCGACUUCCCGGCAGAGGACACGCUGUUCGGCUACGUCGAAGGCUGGCACCGCCGCUUCUGGCAAGGCAGCCCCGACCACCGCGGCUCGCCCGACGCCAAAGGCCGCGUCGUCACACUCAUUAGCUGCGAGCAAAUGAAGAAGUUUGAUGACGAGUACGCGCACUUGGCAGGCGACCACAUCACGUGGGGUCGCCUCUACAAAGUGCCGGUCGAGGAGGUUCAGGACACGCUGACCAAGCUCGACAACCGCGAGCAGGCCGGCUAUGACCGCCAAAUGGUCGACGUCCACUGCGUCGACGGCGUCGUUCGCAAGGCGCUCGUCUACAUUGCUACGCCUAGUAACGUCGACUUCCUCGGUCCGUCGUCCGUGAACGCGAUGGCAAAGGAGAUUGCUACUCGACGAGGCUUUAGCGGGCCCAACUUCGAGUACCUCUUCAAGCUCUGCGACUGCAUGCGAGCUCUGCAGGUCUGCGAUCCGCAUCUCUUUGCGCUGGAGAAGGCCACGCGGGAGUACACGACGGCCAUUCACUGGAGCUCGAGUCGGGCGGAGUGUGGCGUCCAGUGA